ACAAAAACGAUCAAGAGCAUUUUCAGUACAAUUAUGGAAUUGAAAAGUUUGGCUCUAUUUUGAUUUCAAUUUCGCACGGGAAUGUUUACUCUCCUGAAAAAUUUAGCUGGACUCAAGAUUGUGACAUGCUGAUAAUCUUAUUUUUUAGGAAAUGAAUUACCCACGUAACCAAGUAGGUCGCUGGGAGAAGUCUAAUUUAAACUGGAUUAUGGUGAUGACAUUGCUGAGUCUGUGAACGGCGUUGAAGUUACACCUGCUGCAGCGGAAAAAAGGCCUUUAGGGUUUUUGAGAAAAAUCACAACACGGGAUAAAGGUGCCACGCCUCGGAAUGCAGCAAUGAGUGCAAAUUAUAGGACAAGUAGCGCUUAUAUGCAAAUAACAG